GUCAAUCGUACGCAGUUCAAGGCAGUUAUACGUUCUAUGCCAGACGAGACGGAUACACAUCAUGUGGAAGACCACGACGGUAAUCUUGGUUCUUACCAUUGGCAUAGCUCUCUUGUUACGAAACAAUCCUAUAGAUGUAGUAGAUUUGCCUGAAACAUUCUGGGGUCCGGAAAAAAAUAAGGGGGCCUCUAAAGAAAUACGACCUUUCGUUAUAAAUACACCGAAGUCGGUAAUCGAUGACCUGAACGAACGACUCGCAAAGAAAAGAGAACUGGUUGAACCAUUGGAAGAUGUUGCGUGGACUUAUGGCAUCAGUACGACAUAUCUGAAUAAUAUUCUUGAACAUUGGCGUACAAAGUACAAUUGGACUGAAAGAGAAGCACUUCUCAACAAAUAUCCUCAAUAUAAAACCAAUAUACAAGGUCUGGACAUACACUUUUAUCGCGUGAAACCAUAUAUUCCUCCGGAUCGGAAAAACAUAAAGAUUCUUCCAUUAUUAAUUACUCACGGUUGGCCAGGAUCUGUGGUGGAGUUUCAAAAAAUUAUUCCUAUGUUAACGACACCGCGUGCCGACAAAGAUUUUGUGUUUGAGGUGAUUGCACCUUCACUUCCGGGAUAUGCAUUUUCGCAAGCAGCUGUUCGAUCAGGAUUGGGUCCACCGCAGGUAGCUGUUAUAUUCAAAAAUCUCAUGUUGCGUCUCGGCUUUAACAAGUUUUACGCGCAAGGAGGAGACUGGGGCUCUAUUAUUACUAAGCAUUUAGGCAGUUUGUUCCCGGACAACAUUUUUGGCGCUCAUAUGAACAUGUGUUCAACCUUACACAAGUCCAGCAUGAUCUGGUGGUUACUCGGUGCUUUUAUUCCACAACUUGUGGUAGAUAAUGAAUAUUAUUCUAGAAUGUAUCCCUUGAGUGAUCACAUGAGUCGAUUACUUGAGGAAACGGGAUAUAUGCACAUACAGGCAAGCAAGCCGGAUACUUUAGGCGCUGCUGUGGGAGCCUCACCAGUAGGAGUGGCAGGAUAUAUCUUGGAAAAAUUUAGUACAUGGACAAAUAAUGAAUAUAAACUUCGGCCUGACGGUGGUCUACUCGAAAAAUUUACUUUAGACGAGCUUUUAGAUAAUGUCAUGCUUUAUUGGAUUACCAAUUCUUUGACGACGAGCGUCCGAAUUUAUUCGGAGCAAUUUAAUAAGAGACAUAUGUCAAGCAGAAUAGAUGAAUUGCCAAUUGAUGUACCAUCAGCAUGUGCGAUGUUUCCUCACGAGCUAGCGUACCAAUCAGAGAGCCUUCUUCGUAACACAUAUACUAAUAUGAUACAAUUUAACCAUCUACCGCGUGGAGGUCAUUUUGCCGCAUUCGAAGAACCGGGUCUCUUAGCGGAUGAUAUCUUUGAAUUUGUGUCUAAGGUUGAAGAUGCAAGAAAAAAAGCUGAUAACAAGGAUAUCCCAAAUACAGGGAAGAAAAUAAAAGAACCUACGAAAAUUUGAAAGAUAGCUACACUGAAAAAAAUGCUAAAACUAAAUUAAUAUAUAUUUAGUUCAAUAC